GAGGAGGAGAGAGCACAAGCAGGAGAGCUGUACCAUGAGAAAAAACCUGCAAUCAUUUGCCACAUUGAAGGGAACAAACGUCGCUGGAGGCAGUGAGGGAGAGUGAGAGAGAAGGGGACAGGCAGAGAGAAAGGGAGAGGGAGAGGGACAGAGAGAAGCCAAGGAGAGAGAGAGAGAGACAGACAGACAGAGGGAGAGAGAGACCUUUUCUGAACAUUGUACAUUACUACCACAGUGUAUGGGAAGAUCACUUACUGACACACACACACACACUGACAGAUCGGCGGAAAGGAGAAGAAGCACUGGGAGUUUGGCACUGCCCUCUCUCCUCCUGCUCCCCACUGUGUGUGUGUGUGUGUGUCUAUGUGCCUGCAUACACACACACACUCACACACAGACUCUCUCUGUGUGCCUGUCAGUGCGCUUGGGCUCUCUGGGUGGGUAGGGAGCUGCGUUGUAGAGAUGUUCGCUCUGAGGAUGAGACAGCGUUUCUAAUAGGAUCUGUUUGCGGACUGGAAUAAUACACUGACACAGCUGAGGGGACCCGAGCCCACCGGAACCAACCGAAUCAGCCAUGGAGGGACUGCUAUCCCCAAUGAGGACGCGGAUGACAGAGGGGAGGCGAUGUCAGGUCCAUCUGCUGGACGACAGGAAGCUGGAGCUCCUUGUACAGCCUAAGCUGAUGGCUAAGGACUUGCUGGAUCUUGUGGCCUCUCACUUCAACCUCAAGGAGAAGGAGUACUUUGGAAUUGCAUAUACAGAUGAAACGGGCCAUUUUAGCUGGCUGCAAUUGGACCGCAGGGUAUUAGAACAUGAGUUCCCCAAGAAGUCUGGUCCCAUUGUCCUCUACUUCUGUGUCAGGUUCUACAUAGAGAGUAUAUCCUACCUGAAGGACAAUGCCACUAUUGAGCUGUUUUUUCUUAAUGCCAAGUCCAUCAUCUACAAGGAACUUAUUGAAGUGGACAGUGAUGUUGUCUUCGAAUUGGCUUCCUUUAUUCUACAAGAGGCUAAAGGUGAUUUCACCAGUAAUGAUGCAACCAGGUCUGACCUAAAAAAGCUGCCUGCGCUGCCCACCCAGGCCCUAAAGGAGCACCCAUCAUUGGCCUACUGUGAAGAGCGGGUCAUAGAGCAUUACAAGAAGCUCAAUGGGCAAUCCAGAGGGCAAGCUAUUGUAAAUUAUAUGAGCAUUGUAGAGUCUCUGCCCACAUAUGGAGUACAUUACUAUGCUGUAAAGGACAAGCAGGGGAUCCCAUGGUGGUUGGGUCUGAGCUAUAAGGGCAUCUUUCAGUAUGACCACCAGGACAAAGUCAAACCCAGAAAGGUGUUCCAAUGGCGCCAGUUGGAGAAUCUCUACUUCAGAGAGAAGAAGUUUUCAGUAGAAGUCCAUGACCCCAGGAGUAGGGCGUCUGUGACGAGAAGGACGUUUGGCCACAGUGGCAUCGCUGUGCAUACGUGGUACGCCUGUCCUGCCCUCAUCAAGUCCAUCUGGGCCAUGGCCAUCAGCCAACACCAGUUCUACCUGGACCGCAAGCAGAGCAAGUCUAAGAUCCAUGCAGCACGGAGUUUGAGUGAGAUCGCUAUAGACCUUACGGAAACAGGAACUCUGAAGACCUCCAAACUCGCCAACAUGGGCAGCAAGGGCAAAAUUAUAAGUGGCAGCAGUGGCAGUCUGCUCUCCUCAGGUUCUCAGGAAUCGGACAGCUCCCAGACAGCUAAGAAGGACAUGCUGGCAGCACUGAGGGCCAGGCAGGAUGCACUGGAGGAAACACUAAGGCAGAGACUAGAGGAACUCAAGAGCAUCUGCAUCAGAGAGGCGGAGCUGACAGGGAAGCUUCCCAAGGAAUAUCCUCUGGAUCCAGGAGAAGAGCCACCCACAGUGAGACGAAAGAUCGGUACCGCCUUCAAAUUGGAUGAGCAGAAAAUUCUUCCUAAGGGAGAGGAAGAGGAGCUGGAGCGUUUGGAGCGGGAGUUUGCCAUUCAGUCCCAGAUUACAGAGGCAGCCAGGCGUCUUGCCAGCGAUCCUCACGUGAGCAGUAAGAAGCUGAAGAAGCAGAGGAAGACUUCUUAUCUGAACGCACUGAAGAAGCUCCAGGAAAUUGAGAACUCUAUCAAUGAGUACCGGGUUCGCUCUGGGAAGAAGCCCACGCAGAGGGCGUCGCUUAUCAUAGAAGAGGCCAAUAUAGGCUCUGAAGAUAGUUCAUUGUCUGACGCACUGGUCUUGGAUGAUGAUGACCCCCAGGUUACAGGUACCCCCACCUUCUCUCCAGUAGCAUCGCCUCACAAGGGCCUCCCUCCUCGACCCCCAUCUCACAGUCGGCCCCCUCCACCGCAGUCCCUGGAUGGCCUGCGACACCUGCACUACACACGCUCAGACUACGAUAAAUCACCCAUCAAACCCAAGAUGUGGAGUGAAUCGUCACUGGAUGAGCCCUAUGAAAAAGUCAAGAAACGUUCCUCUCAUUCAAGUCACAGGCGUUUCCCAAGCUCUGGUAGUGCAGAAGCAGGGGGUAGUAACUCUCUGCAGAGCAGCCCCAUCAGGAGCCUCCCUCACUGGAAUUCUCAGUCCAGUAUGCCGUCGACCCCGGACCUGAGGACCAGGACCCCACACUAUGUACAUUCCACUAGGUCAGUGGACAUCAGUCCCACACGUCUGCACAGUCUCGCUCAGCACUUUAGGAACCGCAGCUCAAGCCUUGAGUCUCAGGGCAAACUGUUGGCAUCAGACCCCGACGCACACCCGCACACCUUGGGCACACUGGGCAGCCCUGACUUCUUCCUGGGCCCAGGACGCAGCUCCAAUGGCUCUGACCCACUGGACGACUGCUCAUCCUGCACCAGCCAAAGCAGCUCAGAGCAUUAUUACCCCUCUGGUGGACCCCCCAGCAGCAACCCCAACUACUCUACUCUGGGAGAGGACUCACCCUCCAAAGCCAGACAGAGGCAGCGGCAAAGGCACAGGUCUGCAGGUCACCUGGGUUCCUCUAACUCCGGCUCCAUGCCAAACCUGGCAGCUAAGAACGGCUCUGGUGGAGGCUCAGGUGGAGGUGGGAUGGGAGGGGGACACCAUGGAGUCUACCUUCACAGCCAGAGCCAGCCCUCCUCCCAGUACCGCAUCAAGGAGUACCCGCUUUACGUGGAGGGGAGCCCCAACCCCGUGGUGGUGCGCAGCCUGGAGAGUGACCAGGAGGGCCACUACAGCGUGAAGGCCCAGUUCAAGACCUCCUCCUCCUAUACGGCCGGGGGACUGUACAAAGAGGCCUGGGGGGGAGAGGAGGGAGGAGAGGGGAGCGGCCGACUCACACCGUCGCGCUCUCAGAUUGUACGGACUCCGUCAUUGGGGAGAGAGGGUGGUGGAAGCGGAGGAGGGGGAAGGGCGGCAGUGUCUGAAGAACUGCGGUGCUGGUACCAGAGGUCCUCAGGGAGCCUGAAAGAGAGGAGUCACUCACAUUCGGGAUCUACUUCCUCCGAGACAGGGUCACAGCAAGGCACCCUGGGACAUGGUCGAGGAAGUAGAGUAGGGACACUCGCCAAGGGCUCACCAGCUGCAUCCCCUCACAGCCAGAGGAGUAUGACGCCCUCCAGCGAACACGCAGCCACACCCACACCCCCCUGUAGCCCACAGCACAUCCUCAACUGGCAGAGCGGGUCUUUCAGUGACAGCUGUUUUCUCAGCAGCCCCCUGUGUUCAGAGCUGGCAGAUGUGCAGUGGUACGGACACGACAAGGCAAAACCUGGAACCCUUGUCUGAGACCUUCCUAUAAGGCCCAGAAAAGUCCCAUUGCCCUCUCCUACUGCCUCUCCACUGUCCCUCACUACUACCCAUCGACAACCAACAACCUCAUCCUUAAGGCCCUGCAAAAACCCUGCCCUGACCGGACCGGCGGACUGGACAUGAGCCUCCCUCCUCCUGUAAUCCUGCCCUCCAUCCAUCUCACCACCUCUUUAUUAUACCCCUCUGUCACAGCUCAGCUGGUCAGGGACUCACUUGCUGGGCUCUGAUAAGAGCUGAUUUCACAGGACAGACUGAGAAGUGCCACCUCCGCUGUUGAACUGUUGCCCUACAGCACCACAGAGUCCAUUCUUUACUCACCCUCAGCACACAAAGCAGUGGGACAAUGGGCGAAGGAACGAUGGGAAGAGAGAGAGAGCACAGAAAAAAUAUCCAACAUACAACUUAAUCUCAACAGAACCAACAUCUUCCAUUCCAGGAUCUUUAUCAUAUCUCAUCUUUGGCCCCCCUAAACCUUACUAACUCCAGUGCACUGCCACCCAAUCAGAGGAUACCUGCUGGAUUUGAGCCACCAGUUAAAAACCCAUUUACAGGCCCAAAUGAACUGUGUUGGAUUUCAUUAUUCAAUUAAUGUUGUUUGUCUUUUUUUUGUUUUGUUUAUUUCUCCUUGCAUAUUUAUAAAAAAGACAAGAUGACACAGACUUUUCAAAAAGAAAAUCUGGAUUAACAAACAUUUAGAUGACAAAUUCAGCUCCUCUCUGUUUAAUCCACAACCAAAGACAAAAACUGGAUUGACUGGUCAUACCAGGGUCUGCCCCUGCAGAAAAGUAACAACUGUAUGAGAACGAAUUCACAGUGACGAUAUCAGGAUGGUUCACGGGACUCCAAUCUGGGAUACUGAUGAGGACUAUAAGCAAUAACAAACAUUGUACAAGUAAAUGAACUGGUUUGAAUCUACAGAGUGAAUUGAAGCAGGCAUUUUGCCAUGUUCUCUGCCUGGUGAUGUUUGGAGUAAAGCAUUAUUUAGAGCAUCAUCGGGAGAAUGUGGAGUUGUGGUUAUUGGGUUUGGCAUUAAUCUAUGCUUAUUUCAGUGACUUCAUCCUUCAUGCUUAUUUAACGUCUUGAUAAGAUUUCUCUGUCCACAACAGUUUGUUUGGCCACGCAGUGCAAUGUGAUCAGUACAAGAUAUUUUGAUUUCAUCAAAUCGUUUUUUACUUUUCACCCCUGAAAGUUGGCUGUUGACAUCUGUCGGCUUGUAAAUCUCCACAGUGAAUCAUGUUUGGGGUUUUUUUUUCUUUCUAUUUAUCACUAGUGUCUCUUCUUCUUCUAAAGUCUUGGCUCUGUACCAGUUCUCUCCACAGUGAGUGUCUGUCAGUCUCUUUUUGUAGCACUGUGGUUUCUCAUCUUUCGCUCCAUCUCUUCAGCAUGACAGGAGCAACCCGACUGAGCACAGACAGUCUAAAUUCAAUGCUGGCGAGAACAUCAACACUGACAGUCACAACACCUCAUAAUGUGGGCACGCAUGAGUUUAUCAGUGCCAAACAUGUUGGUGCUUUACUUUAUUUUUACUGUAAUUCAGCACUAAAACAAGAUACAAACGAUUUUAAAUCCAAACAAUAAAUGCCCAAACACUAAACCCAAUUUAGAAAGCAGAAAGGCGGAGUAGCCAGAAGACACUCGGCAGACUUUUAUGAUUUGGCAUCAGGCGUUGUAGGAAUUGCUCAAACAUACUUUGAAAAGCACAACAGUGUCUAUGGACCUAGAAUUGGUGUGUUCUCAUUUUCCACUCUCAAUAUUAUAAUGAGUUGUAUCACAGUGCAUAAGAGGAAACUGGAAAAGAUAGAACCACAGGCAUGGUCAUCAGUCAGUGUCAAGUUGACAAUAAUUAAUAUCCCAACAUCAGGGCAGAAAAGAAGCCAUAGCCAGAACUGAAACAAACUAUUCUUCGACCCUUUGAAAUGGAGAGAAAUAUUUUCUCGCACAUCCCAAAUCAACAAUCAGAUAUUCAGAACAGGGUUAGAAAAGCACACCUGGUUUUGUAUGAAGGAAGUUGAAUUCUGCAUGUUUUAAAUCAGUUCCCCUCAUCUUUCCCUUACCAGAGUUUAUGCCGAAAAUUAUUGUUUUGUUGUUGCACAAAAUCUGAAUUAAUCAGAUGUCAGUUUUACUUUUAAGAAUUCUACAUCUCACUGAUAGAGAGAAGUGGACCCUUCUUCAGUCUUAUAGCACCAGUAUGUCUGGAUAAAAGUAACAUGCUGCACAGCAUGGGAGGAAUGGAACGUAUCUUACCCUUUACAGUGUCGUGUUUCAUUUAUGCACUAUAUGUAAUCUGAAGGUUUAGCCCACUCCUUGCAUGGUUGGUUCUCCAAGAGCUGUCCGACCCAUGCCUGAUCAAAUUUGAUACCCAGGAGUGGAGGCAGCGCUCCCUGGUUACCCUCUCAUGUGAAUGAAUUACUCUAGUGUACCCAAGUCACUUUAUUAGAGUACAAGUUUGACCCCGCUUUGCUCACUCAGUCUGAUUGUGUGCUAAAGAUACAAUCCCAUGCAUGCCCUGCAGAUCAUCUGACAAAUAAAGACCCCAAAGACACUUAACAUCCAACGUCUAUACACUAACAUUAACGUGUCUUGCUCCAUAGUGUGUCCUCGCCCCCAGAAAGUCUUUGUGGUAAUCUCUGACCUCUGAGCCCGAUGUGAAGAAGUGUGAUGUCCCCUCCCUCUGUAGCUCCGAACAUACCAUAUUCUCAAUGCUCCAUAGAAAUGUAUGAGGUUUUUGUAAUACUCAAAGAGAAAUAAACUAACUCUUUUAUCAGUCUUUUCCUGUAUGUACGGAGGGUCACUGUAAGGUUUUGUGGGGUUUUUAACAUUCACAUUCAUUGUUUUAACAAUGUUCCAUUUUAUAUGAACCAGUAUUGUUUUUGUUUUUUUUGUUUUUUUAGUUCUGACAUUGUAACAACCCUUUCAGGUGCUACAAAAUGACCAGUUACUGCUUUGUCACGUAGGAUCUAGACAUUUCUUCAUUGUUAUCAAUAGAUUCAAUACCAGAUGUGCAAAAUGAAGCUUAUUUUAACAGACAGUUUAAUAGUAGAAC